ACGUGUGGAAGUGAACUAGGAAAAUAGAAGACGCUGGAGCUGCUGCGGCCACCUUCAACACCCUGGUGGGCGCUUAAGGGAUCAUGCCGUACGUUCUCAUCAGCACUCAGAUCCGCAUGGAAGUUGGACCUACAAUGGUUGGUGAUGAACAUUCAGAUCCAAACCUGAUGGACUAUCUAGGGGCCAUUAAAAGAAACAUGUUGGGAAAUCAUUUCUGGGAAUAUUAUGUGAAUGAUGCUCCACGGAUCGUCUUGGACAAGCUGGAGAAGUGUGGUUAUCGAGUGAUCAGCAUGACAGGAGUGGGGCAGACACUGGUGUGGUGUCUUCACAAAGAAAUGCUUCAUUUUUAAAAUAUUGCUGUAAACCACCCAGCAUAAGCCUGAGAUCGCAUUGCUCGUCUUCAGGCAUUUUGAAGUGAGACUUUUAUCAAAACCUGGCUUUAAAAUCGUAAGCACCAUUACAUCAUUCUAAGAAGCAUCAUUCUAAGAAGCUUCACAGCUUUGGGACUGGAAUUUCCUGAAGAGAUGAAUCCUUAUUAAGUAUUAUUUCAGGUACCAAUCUGAAACUGGCAGUAUUAACUGUUAUCGCCACUUUAUUGAACGAUGACAACUUGGCAUUAAAUCCACUAUAUUAGUAACAGUCUCAGGUUAGAUCCAGUGUGACAUAGCAGAGAUAUAUGAUCAUGCAGAAAAUGUCUGUUAAUAUUGAUAGGGAUACUGUUACCAUACAAAUUUACCUCUAUAAAAUUACAUAAUGUACUUAAAGUAUACUACAGUGUCCCCAUUCAAGAGUGUGACUAGAAUCUUGAGAUUGUGAUAUGUGGCUUUUCUAUUAUCUCUACAUGGUAUAUCUUGAAAUAGUACAGAAAAGAUUCUUUAAAUAAUUCCAUAUAGUUUUUAAUUGUACCAACUUGCCUUUUCAUUGUUGAGAUUAUUUACACUAUGUCUGCUGAAAACAUUCCUAAGUAGCUGAUAAAAUAAUAAUAAAAAAUAGUAAAAUCAACCUAAUAUUGUAUCUCAAACUGUUUGUUACCAGACAGUUUUAAAAGGCUGCCAAAGCCUGUAAUAUACCAAUUGACAAUCUUGAGCAAAAGUCUGAAAUAAUGAGUAUCCCGAAGGGUACACUAAUAUAAAAUAUACAACAUAUAUUGGCAGGUAAUGGGACUAGUGCACCAUCUCUCUCUUAUUCAAAGAGCUACGUUAGUUUCACAUUGUUUUAUUGCUGAACUGGAAUUGCCAGAUAAUUAACCCUCUUUGUAAUUUGAAUUUAUUUUAGUUUAGAUUGCACUGUCAAUACUGAUAGGUGGUUCAAUUUCCUUGUGAUGUAGGUGGCCAUGAAUGACCACCAGUAAUAUUUAGAGUCCUAGAUAAGAAUUGAGAAAAUGGGCAAGAUCACAAUUUAGUUAUGAAAUUGAGCUGGUAACCAGCUUUCAACCAAACAAAUCUCACAGAUUUAUUACAAAGAUAAAAAAUAAGGUAACAAUAGAACGCUUUUAAACAAAAGAUUUUGUUACAUCUAAGAAAUACGUUGAUUGAUAAAGAACGUUAGAGAGAAGAGCACGAUGAGCCUUUAAAGUCAGACUUGCCAUGAGUUGUGAUGAGCAGAAAACAUUUUCUAU